AUGGGAUUCCUUUGGAGCCAACUAUUUGUCACCUUGCCUUAUCCCACCGGUAGUUACACUGGCCAAACCAUCAUUAUCACUGGCGGCAAUGCAGGUCUCGGCAAAGAAGCGGCCCGGCAUUACGCUCGCCUCGGCGCUGCCAAGAUCAUCCUCGCAGUGCGCAGCAUUGGCAAGGGCCUUUCCGCCAAGGAGGAUAUCGAAACCACCACCAAGUGUGCUUCCGGCACCAUAGACGUCUGGCAGCUCGACAUGGCCAGCUACGCGAGCGUCAAAGCAUUCGCCGCCCGCGUGACCUCCGACCUUGACCGCGUCGAUAUCUUCCACGCCAACGCUGGUGUCGCGCGCAUGCACUACCACCGCGCAGAGCAAGACGAAGAAAGCAUCACCGUCAAUGUCGUCUCCACUUUCCUUCUCCUAUCUCUCGUCCUCCCCAAACUCAAAGCCACCGCGGCGGAGUUCCAAACCCGCCCAACCUUCGCCAUCACCUCCUCCGGAGCGCACCUCCACACCCAGUUCCCGCAGCAGCACGCGGCUGAGGGGGAAAUCUUCAAUACCGUCAGCAGCCCGGAGAACUUCAAAACCAAUCUCCGAGAUCAGUACCCCAUCUCAAAGCUCUUCGAAAUCUACGCCGUACGUGCUAUCAGCGAGCGUGCCCCAGCCGACCAGUUCCCCGUCACCAUCAACUGCUUCACCCCGGGGCUCUGCUACUCCGAGCUGGACCGCGACGGCCCUACCCUCACGUUUAAAAUCAUGAAGUUUUUCCUGGCACGUUCCACCGAGGCCGGGAGCCGGACGCUGCUUGAUGCCGGUGCCAAGGGUGUCGAGUCACAUGGCACGUAUAUCGCGGACUGUCAGAUUGCUGAGCCGUCUACGGUGGUGACGAGCGAGGCGGGGAAGACGGCGCAGGAGAGAGUGUGGGGCGAGUUGGUGAGGAAAUUGGAGAGGAUUGAGGCUGGUUGUACGAGGAAUUUCUCGUAG